CUUUAAGGGUCUUAUAAGGGGGACCUCCAGUUGGUUAAUACAUUCCACAGACCAUACAAAACAAAAAUAGGUACAUACAGGCAGUACAGAGUACUGUACCUAGUACGUACUACUUCAUCCCUCUGGAUUUAACCAAUUCCGUUCACCAUCCAGGAGUAUGGUACUGUACAGUAUGUAUGCGAUCCCAACUCUCAUGCCCUGUUUUGUACGUCUUUGGUAGUUAAUCUGAAUCCGUCAUCCUUAUCCUACUUUUCCAAGUUUUUAUUUUCUUUUCUUGUUUCUCUCUCUCUCUCUGCUUUUUCACACCUGCUUAUUCUCUAAGUUCUCUCCUUUUAUUUCUCUCUUGUCUCAAAAAUUUCCCUUUCCCUUCCUUUCUAUCCCUAACGUCCGAUUUGAUUGUGAUGACCUUUGUCUUGGAAGGCCUCUCCCGCCUUAUCUCUCCCUGAUUGCUACCAAACGCCCCUAAGAACCUUCCCCUCUUUUGGGAAUUUUUUUUUUUUUUUUUUUUUUUUUUUUUUUGUGGGUGGAUCACACGACAGAGUGCCUUUUCCCUUGAUGGCCCUUGAUUGCACCCUGCCAUCCUCAACCACAUAUCAAAAUGGCGUACAACGCUGUUUCUCAAACCGACCACGAGGUGGCUUCCAACGCGACCGAUUCUGAUGUCUCCCGAAGCUCGUCGCCGCACAAAUCGACCUUCCAACAACUUCCUUUAGAUGCCGAUCAUAUUGGCGGAGGAACUUAUCUGCAGCCAGCCAAAACCGCCGAGGAUUCUAGCAUGGGCCGGUUAGGUUCGUUGAUCCGGUCCAUGACCUCCACAAGCUAUGACAUGGUUGAGGAAGAUGACUACGACGUCGCCGAUCCUCCGACAAACCGGAGGUCUAAUAGUCUCCGUCGCGUUGCGCCGCUAGACACUAGAGCUGCCCACGCCGGCUCCCCUGAACCUCCCCUGCGAUCUCCGAUCACCGAUACCCCUGUUCCUCUCAGCCAUCCUACCCCAGAUCUUCAAUCGCUACAAGGUGCCUAUUUGAAUAAUGUAGAGAGGCUGGAAAGGAGUGCCGAACAACUUAGCUCCAGCUCGGCGGAUAUUGGCAGCGAAAUCCGCAAGAUGGAUCGUGAACAGAAGAGGCGCUCGGUCAGCUCAGUCUCCAAUUCCGUCCGUGAAAGCAACCCCAUGAAGGGAACAGUACCAUCCAGCCAAGGGUCAAUUAUGUCUGCCUCUCGAUUAGCCCAAGUUUCCGAACAUAUGCCCGAGGAAAGAUUCUCCCAGUCGAUGAUGCACGUUUCUAACGAUUCUAACCCCCCUCCACAACCACCUGCUCCCGCAGAGCCCGACUUUGCCUACCAUGGCCAGUAUAGUCACACCCCGGAUGAAAUUCAACGACCAUCCUCGGCUGCGUCAGGGGACACCUUUCAACAGGCCAGGGUUCUAUUCACCGACUUUGAUGGUGUGCAUUAUGUUCCCCACGAUAAAAGCCUAGAGCUUGGGCGACAAGUAUCUUUGACAAGGCCGCCUCUGGCGAGCGGACCGGAGUCGUACAAGGAGCCGCAGACCGGCGAGAAUAUGGUAUAUUACCCUGCUCCGGUGCCGAUGAUGCUUAAUUUGCCGCCGCGGCUGUCACAGAAGCCUACCGUUGAACAGGAAAAGCGUCGGACGCAGUUGCUUGGAUCAGUCACUGCUGAAAACCGAAAAUCGGCUCCUUGGCUGUCUGGUCAGGCUCUAGGCGAUACAAAAGAUUCCAAGCGUGAGAAGCAGCCAGCGGAUCUGCCUCCGCAGCUUCGUGCUAGUGUUUUCUUUGAACAACCCCCCACACCACUUGACGUAGAAGUCAAACAGUCUUCCGCAGUUGCGACACUUGACAGCAUUCUCGAUGCCUCGACAAAUGCGCCGGUUACUGCCUUCACAGACCAUCCGUACGCUGGCGCUGUCGGUUCAGAAGUGUACGCCAACAAGGCAUCAUCUAAAGACUUGGCGGCGCAGAAGAAGAAACACAUGUCAAGGAGUACCCUCAGAGUCGACAAUCCCUCCUCUGACUCGGAUGCCAGAGCAAGUUCAUUCGCCUCACAUCACUUGUACCACCAAACAGAAGCUGAUGCAGCAGACAUGCAUGAGGGUACUUCAUUACGUGAAGGCGCUCGUGAUGGAGAUGAUGCUGAGCAUGAUCCCCACGAGGACGAGGAAGGUGAAAGCAACGAACAGGAGGUUCCAUUUACAGGACCUCCUUCUACCUUGUUAGCGGAACUCGAAAUGAGAAAACACGAGCUGCGGCAACGACAGCGGACUGCUGUCAAUUCUGUAGGACUGCAUUCAACGCUUCUCCAGCUUGAUGCUGUUGCCCAGAAGCAGAGUGAACAUAGAAGAUAUCGGCCUGUUACCCUUGCUUGGGAAGGUCCCGAUGUUAACAAGCCAGACGAUGAUGGCGAUGACGAUGUGCCCCUCGGAAUGCUUUUUCCCGAGAAGGCUACUGCUACUGAUGAUAACAGGCCCUUGGGUCUCAUGGAGAGGCGCGAAUUAGAAGAAAGCGAGCCCUUGAGCAGGCGCCGCGCGAGAUUGCGGGGUGAACCACCACCUCCUCCACCACGCAGCCCAGACAACCGUCCGACUACCAUGUACACGCAGAAUGUACAGGAGCCCGCUGAGGGUGAUAGUGGCGACGAAGGGGAGACCCUGGCCGAUCGUUUGAAGCGCUUGAAGGGUAACGACCGCCGUAAAUCUGCAACAGGAAGUGAAUUUGCCGACGAGAUACUAGCGGAGGUUGACCACAUGAAUGGGAACGACAAGGAGAAAGAAGACGAGGGACCGCCAGAAGAGGAAACCUUGGCUCAACGCCGAGCACGUCUUCAGAAGGAAACGGAGUCACGAAAUUCGACUCUGAAGGUGCCCAGGUACCGAAGAAGUAUGGCGGACCUACUUCAUGCCCGACGGCCGGCCCCUGGAGGACGACCAAUUUCCAGGGAGGCCGCAUUGCAUCGUACUUCGACCUACCAAACUCCUUACGAUAGUCGCAUGUCUCUCCAAUUCUCGGCGCACCCCGGACAGCCGGUGCCAUCAAGAUUUGCCCAAUACCAAGGACCUGCAAGGACCGAUUCCUUUGGAUAUGGACCAGCCCACCCGAAUACAUUUUACAGCGAUGCUAUACUGGGGAUGAAUCAUCUGAGCUAUGUUGCGCCGCAUAAGCCCGUACGACCAGGCGUCGAGACGGGCCAGCGUGAGAUGAUUGACCGAUGGAGACAGAGUAUAGUAUAAGGCCGUCCUUUUACUUCUUACUUCCUUCUUUACCAUUACCACAUCGUUAAUUUUUGUUCUGCGUUGGUUGAAGGAUGGAUAGGUUUCUUGAGCGCAUCUUGUUAUUUAUGAUGAUUGGAAGCAUGGGUCAUUGCGGUGUCCUGUAGAUUAGCGAACGCAUUGCAUUGCAAGUAUGUAUAGUAUUUCAUUUUCAUUUUACUCUUCAGUAAUCAAGGCGAAUGAUCUGGCGCGAUGCUGUUGUUUCUGAGCUCUGUUAUCCUUGACGGGGUCCUGCACCGGGGAUCCUUAUCAUAGCUUGAAGGAUGCCAAGCUUUCAGUGCCUGCCAAUUCAGGCCAGUUUGGAACGAGACCAUUUCCGGAGCCCCUGAGAACUCUUUCCUUUCUUUUUGUUCUUUUGCAUUUGAGCAUCAGCUGAAUUCCAUGGGCGUGUCAUUGGGACAUUCUUUCAGGGAA